CAAAGCGCAGCCUUUUAAAAAAAAACUUCCUUGCCCCAAAGGUGUCGGUAUGGCACGCUUUUCGUUAGGCCUAAUCGCGGCUGUUCUUCUGGCCACCGUGGGUGGGUCGUGGUCAUUACCGGCGUCUCAGCUGGCGACGCGCGCUAAUUACACCGGGUACAGACUGGUGUCAGUGGCUGCCCCUAACGAGAAGAGCCGGAGCAUCUUAUCGUCCCUGGCAGAUUCGUUGCAGCUCGAUGUCUGGCGAGAUGCCACCGCUUCAGGUAACCCGGCACUCGUACUGCUGAAACCUCAAGUGGCAGCCGAGUUCACUGAUACCGCUUCGAAGAAUGGUCUCACCGUGUCUACGAAAUCGGAGAACUUGCAACAACUCCUAGAUGAUGAACGCAAGGAAGUCUCCUCGACUUCAGAUCGCUUCGAGAGGUACCUGACGUACGGCGAGUUCAAGGACGCCCUGCAGCAGUACGCCAAGGACUACGACCACGUGACCUACACGUCCAUCGGUCGGUCGUACGAAGGAAGGGACAUGAUCGCUGUUCACAUCAAGGCCAAAGAGAACCUACCCAUAGUGUUCUUAGAGUGUGGAAUCCACGCCAGAGAGUGGGCCGCCCACUCCGCCUGCCUCUACAUAAUCGAUCAGCUGGCGACGCAGUACGGGAAGGACGAAGGCGUCCGUCGACUGGUGUCCACCUACGAGUGGCGCAUCCACCCGAUAGUCAACCCCGAUGGCUACGAGUACACGCACACUACGGACCGUCUUUGGAGGAAGACCCGAUCUCUCAGUCGCAUCAGUGAGUGCAUAGGCGCUGACCCGAACCGAAACUUUGACGUCGGCGAGUACUGCUCCGGACGCUCCAGCACGGACCCCUGCAGCUCUACGUACUGUGGGGACGAACCCUUCUCGGAGUCCGAGUCCCGCGCCAUUCGCGAUGCCCUCGUGGCGACCCAAGGUCGCACCGAGUUCUACUUCGCGCUGCACAGCUACGGCCUGUUCUGGAUGUUCCCCUACGCCCACAAAACCGAGAGAAUCCCGGAGCACGACCAAUUGAUGAACAUCUCUGUGAGAGCAACUGAGGCCAUGAAGAAAAUUAGGAGAAACGAAUUCAACUUUGGGCCUGUUUCGACGACUCUAUACGGACAUUCCGGGCUGAGCGUUGACUGGGCUUACGAGAAGGGAGGCGUCAAGAAGGCCUUCAUACUCGAGCUCGAGCCAUCAUGGCGCAUCCCCAACCCUGAAAAGGGCUUCCUGUUGCCCAUCAGAGACUUACUGCCCACCGUCAAGGAGGCGUGGGUGGGCAUCACGACCGCCGUGGCCCCCUAAGCCAGCCACGAGGAGUGUUCGUCAGAUGAUCGUCCACGACGCUGGCAAUCCGCGGUGGUCUUUCCAGCCGGCCCGGAAUUCGAAAUAAAAGCGACAUCUGACGAA